AUGAAUAAAAGAGACUGGCCACUCAUGACAAUUAAGAAAAAUGAUAGCUCAGAUAAGCUGAUAUUCUAUAUGAAAAAUGGAGUGAGAAGCACCAAGUAUAAACCAGUAGACUAUCUACAACUGCAUGCAUUCACUGAAGCAAAAAAAUUAGCUUCUGCCACUAUAGAGAAAAAGAUCAGAAAAGCAGUGCAGACUUCAAAGAUAUCUAAGGAACAAACACUAAUAAAACAACACAAGCAAGUGUGGUGGCAGGAACACCAAAGGCUAAAUGAAGUCAGAUGUAAAAUGGAAUCAGAAAUAAAAUCCCUUCUCAAUGAAGAGAACAUUGGAAGUGAAUGUCUUCCUCACCUUAUGAAUUUUGAACAAGAGUUAUCAGAACAAUGGGACACAUAUCUUAAAAAUGUGAUAAAUCCUAUCCAGCAAUUGAGAGCAGAUCUAAAAUACAGACAGCAUCACAUUUCACAGCAUUCCCACUCACAUGUUGAGUUUAACUCAGUGAAAGUACUGGAAGAGGUUGACUUUGUGAAGAAACAAUUGAAAGCUGUCUUUGAAAGACUUAGCCUGGAGCAACAGAAAAUAGAAAAUAGUAUUUCAGACUGGAGUAUGGAAAUACUAGAUCAUUCUUCAGAAGAAAGGAGUAACCUGCUUAGUGAACUGCCCAUACAAUUAGAAACUUUGGAAUGCCCAUACCUUGAUUUGAAAUCUUCAAUCCUUAAUGAGUUCUGCAACUUUACAGAGAAAUAUCAAAAGAAACUUCAAGAUUUUGAUCUGCAGUUAGAAGAUAUAUACAGAAACUUCCAGUUAAGUGAAGAAGACCACUGGAUUUACCAGGUUGUUUUGGAUCAGUAUCCUGGAGAUCUCUGUGGCAGAAGGAGUUUGUAUUUGGACAUGUUGCAAAGAUACUUUCCUCACAAAUCUAGGCAUGAAUUGGUUGAACAUGAGAAACAUUGUGACCAGUAUCACUUUGCUAGGGAACAGCGAAGGAUCCUGAUAUCGAAUUGGAAUAAGAAUAGGAGAGACUUCAUACAGAAGGCUGUGCUGACAAUCGCUGAGGCCUGUGCAGCUCAUGAAAUGGAGGACAUGUUGGCUAAAGACAGGAAAAAGCAGCAGCAGUUGUGUGCUGCUCUAAAAGCCAAGGUUCUUCAAUGGCGAGCCCACCAGGAUGAGGUAGCAAGACUGGAAAUGGAAAUCUCUGCCAGAAGAAGAGAAAAGGAAGAGGAGAGAGAGAAACUGUGGAAGAAAAAGGAAUUGUUACAAAGAGAAGAGAAGAAAAAAAAAAUAAGAAAAUACUGGGCUAAAAAAGAACAGAGAUGGCAAGAAAUGGAAAUGAGAGAUCUUCAGCGUCUAGAAAAAUUGAAGAAAUUGAUGGCUGAACAGUCAGUAAAAGACAGAGAAAGGGUUAAAUAUAGGCAAGAAUUACUGGAAAAGCGUUUGAUGGAGAAAGAAGAAGUGGCUCUUCAAGAAGCACAUGAAGAAGAAAACAGACAGAGGCGGCUAGAAGCCCUUAGGAAACAGGUUGCUAUUGUUGCUCAGUUUGAUCCUGUUAGAAUGAUGUCAGAUACAAUGGCAUCAAAAGCGAGAAUGGGUAUAGGAAUUGAAGAAUUUAUUCUUCAAAAGCCACUCUUCACAUUGAAUACAUACAAUGAACAGCAGAUAAUUUCUGACCCUAGACUUCGUUUUGAGUUAGCACUCCGAGAAGCUGGACUUCAUAAAGCAUUUUAUGCCAAAGAGGUAUUACCAAAAAUCAAUCCCCUGAAACCUCCACGAAAGGACAUGGAGUCAACUGUAUUUAAAAUCUAGAGCUCAUUCUCAAAUCCUAUUAUAUGUAAACAAGAUUUUUCUUUGAAUACAUUUAUAUGGAUAACAAAAUAACUACUUUCUAACAAUUUUUAAAAUAUCAGACAAGAAAUCAAAGUACAUGUUAAAACAACUUUGCCUUUCUUUUAUGAUUCUUAGAAUUUCACCCACUGUUUCCUGUAUCUUUGUUAUGUCUGUGAGUACUAAGUUUUCUAAGACUAUGGAAAUUAAUUAUGACAUGCAUGGUAUGUAUAUAAUCAUUUAGUAAAUUGUGUUUUGGAGGUUGCAUUCUACAUGAAAAGAGCUCAAAAUAACCAUUUGUGAGAAUUAUUUCUGGUACCUGCUAACAUGCAUUUCUUCUUAUUUCAGAAUUUGACUUUUUAAUUAUGGAAGCUUCAUUAUCAUUAAUACUUCUAUUAUUUCUUGAUUAUUGUAAGAAGAGGCUUAACCUUUCUCUAAAUUUAGAAACCAAUUUGGUAUAGCAUGUUUACUGCAAACCAGUCAUCCAAACAAUUUCAUUUUGCAAAUGAGCCCAUAAAAUAAAUUAGAAAUUAGAAAUACAUUUCAGGCAUGGAUAUAUCAGUUUGGUCUUGGAAAAUAUAUAUUUGUAUGGUUGUUUAGAAGGAAUAUUUUAAAAUUCAUAAUAUUUAAAAUACCAUCAAGCAUUCCAAACUUCCUAUUAAAUAUCUAGAUGGUUGUAUAGAAAAGGAAUGUUUCAAAUAAAAUGUUUCAAAUAAAAUUCAGGCGUAAGUUGUCGACUAUUUCUAAAAAUUGGUUAUUUAAUCAAAGUAGCAAGUCAGUAUUGUUGAAAGUUGCCUUUAUUACUGUUAAGAUGACUCCCCCCAUAUUUUCUCUCUAUUACAACUGCCUGCCGUUUCACACCCACAUCCAGCCCAGGGAUUGCCGUCUCCAAGCAGUUACUGGAAUAAUGUAAAAAAAAGACAAAAACUGGUGGAAUAUUGGUUUCAUGAUUGUCCCCAACAUGAUGGGACUAAAUACAUGUCCAACUCAUCAAAAUGGCCCUUUGCCAAAGAUUCUCUGAGCAAAACCCCUUAUCUAGACUCCAAAAUUCAAUUUGCCAUGAUGCCAUUUCGGCAGCAUCGUAUCCUAACAUGAAAGAAGGAAACUAACAAAACCCAUGGCGUAGUGAGCCCUGGGUCUUCCCUGAGGGUGGCUCCUGUGGUCACUGUGCUUUCAUGGGCCGUCAGUCUGCUCUAUGGGACGCCUCAGACCAUAAGCCGAGACAGCCCUGCUCCGUCACAGCCCAGCGUCUGCAAGUGGCCAGACGCUAAUAGUUCUCAGAGUCCACAGGUCCUUCCCGGCAUCAGAAUCACUGCUGUCCAGGGGAGCACACUCAAAUCCCCGCUGAAUAGCAUCCCUGUUACAUUGUUACACUUCUACAACAGUCAGGUGGCUGGUGCUGCCCAGCAGGAGGAAGCGGCCGUGACCUGAGAACUGUACAGAGUUGUGGUGGUGAAAACAUUACUUGAGAUGUGGGCAGCAGCCCAGCUGCACACUGUGUCCACACUCAGACCCAAAUAAUUUUUCUUUCUUUUAAAACUAGUAUUAUUAUGAGUUACCCUUCCCUGGGCACAAAUUGUGUGCUCAGCACUCUGUAUGUGUUUUACAUAUAAUAUCGUAUUUGGCCAUUAUUUUACAGAUAAGGAAAUAGGUUCAGAAAAGUAAAAGAAUAUGCCCUGAAAUCCAAAUGGCUAAUAAACUUAAGAAAAGAUGGAAAUACCAAUUAAAGUCCCCAGUGAAAUACCAAGUAUGUGCCCACCAGAUUGGCCACAAUACAACUAAUAUAACAGUACCAAAUGACGGUACAGAGCAAUGGGGAGCACCCACUGGUCUGGGGAGUGUAAGCUGAAAAGUGUGGACUUACCU